AUGGAAGGUGAUGCAAAGAGCCCACGGAAAUCCGGGCUCGAGGCGUUACAAGUUGACAGCAUUGAGACACAUAUGACCAACUUGGGGGCUACAGUGAAGAAUUCGGAGGUACAGAUUAGUCAAAUAGCAACUGCAAUACAGUCUCAACAAAAAGAACAAUUCCCAGUGACACAGAGGUUAACCCACAGGAACACUGCAAUGCUAUCGCCCUACGAAGUGACUGAAGGGCAGAAAACUGAGGCAGAGGCAACAAAGAAGAUUUAUAAGCCUUACUCAAUUUCAUUUCCAGAAAACCCACCUAUCUUAAAGCCCCCACUACCAUUCCCGCAGAGGUAUUUGAAGAAGGAGUUUGAUGAAAAAUUUGAAAAGUUUCUGGAGGUCUUCAAGAAAAUCCACAUCAACAUUCCCUUUGUAGAAACCUUGGCCCAAAUGCCUAACUAUGCCAAGUUCUUAAAGGAAGUGAUAUCAAAGAAGAGAAAGUUGGAGGAAUUUGAGACUGUUAAGCUAAUAGAGGAGUGUAGUGCCAUACUUCAGAAGAAGCUCCCUCACAAAUCGAAAGAUCUGGGCAGCUUCAACAUCCGGUGCAAUUUUGGUGGUAUCACAUUUGAUAGGGCACUAUGUGACCUUGGAGCUAGCAUAAACUUGAUACCCUUAUCAGUGUCCAAAAAGCUGGGUCUUGGAAAAGUGAAUCCAGCAAUCCUUACCUUGCAACUGGCGAACAGAUCGAUCACAUAUCCCAAAGGCAUUAUUGAAGAUGUGUUGGUGAAGGUUGAUAAGUUCAUCUUUUUGGUGGACUUUGUGGUAUUGGACAUGAGGAGGAUGAGAAAGUACCAUUGA